AUGCAGUCGGUAUCGUCAAAAGCGGACCAAGUGCCUCCAGCGGCUAAGACAUCGAACUCUAAUAACAUAAUAUCGGAGAUGGAUGGACAUAACUCUAAUAAUUUGAGUACAGCUAGUGACACGGAAGGGUUUUCAAUCGGGAAGGAAUACGAUAGUGAGAUUGAACCUAGUCAACUAGACUGGGAUGAUAAAUACGAUAUGGACAAUCCUCACAACUGGUCAGCAUGGAAGAAGUGGAGUACUGUUAUGGUGGCGGCAUUUUUAGCAUUGGUUGUUACCAUGGGUUCGUCAUCAUAUAUGUCUGCUGUGCCUGAAUUUGUUACACGUUAUAAAGUUGAUCGUACAUUAGCUAUUUCCGGUUUAACAUUCUAUCUUCUCGGGUUAGCAAAUGUCGUGGGAGCUCCCCUAUCUGAGGUUUACGGACGUAAGCCUGUCUACUUGUAUUCAUUACCAAUUUCUUUGUUGUUUGCUCUUGGUGUUGGUUUCUCUGAUGGAAAAAUGAGGAUUGUUUUGCCGCUCAGGUUUUUGUCUGGUGUUUUUGCAUCUCCAGCUUUAUCUGUUGCAAGUGGGACAAUUGCUGAUAUUUUUGAUAUGGAUGAAUUGUCUGUUUUGAUGACAUUCUUCUGUUUGGCUCCAUUUUUAGGGCCUGUUAUUUCUCCUAUUAUGACUGGUUACGCUGUUGAGAAUAAAGAUUGGCGCUGGGCAAUCUGGAUUCAGUUGUUAGCUGGUGCGGCUAUUUUCCCAUUUAUAGUGAUUAUGCCAGAGACAAACAAAACUAUUAUCCUUCAAAAGCGUGCCAAGAAGCGUGGCUUAAAUGUUCGCAAGCCUUCCGCAGAGGAAUUACGUGCGUUCCUAAAAGCUACCUUCACAACCACUAUAUUCAGACCUUUGAAGAUGCUUAUGGUGGAGCCAAUUGUGUUCGUGUUCUCUUUGUACGUUUCCUUUGUUUUCGCAGUUCUAUUCGCAUUUUUUGAAUCAUACCCACUUAUUUUCAGACAACUAUACCACUUCUCCAUGGGUAACUACGGUUUAACCUUCUUGGGUAUUUCAGUGGGUUUGUGGAUCGGGUCUGCGUUCUAUAUCUGGUACGACCGUCGUUAUUUGUUCCCUAAGGCUCCAGCCGGUACUCCACCCCUAGAUCUUCCAACUUCUAGCCGUACAACUCCUUUCAGAGGUCACCGUGAUGAAAACGGCAAUAUUGUUCCAUUGAAGCCAGAGUCCAUCAUGUUUGUUGCUAAGGUUGGUUCUGUUGCAUUACCAGCUGCAUUAUUCUGGAUAGGUUGGAGUGCAAAGCCUUCAGUCCAUUGGAUGGUUCCUCUAGCUGCUGGAGUACCGUUUGGCUUCAGUUUGGUUCUGAUAUUUUUCAGUGUUUUGAUGUACUUUACCAUGUCGUACCCACCAUUGGUGGUUGCUUCAGCCAUGGCCGCCAAUAACAUGAUGCGUUAUGUAUUCAGUUGCACAUUCCCAUUGUUCACUAUUCAAAUGUACGAGAAGUUGGGAAUUGACUGGGCAUCUUCCGUUUUUGCAUUUAUCAGUUUAGCAAUGGUUCCUGUACCUUGGUUGUUUUCAAAGUAUGGUGAACGUUUAAGAAAGAGAUCUGUCUUUGGAUACCACGCCAUGCAUGCUAAGCCAGCUGACCCUACUGUAGAUGUUGAAAAGGAAAAUGAGCAUCAGGAAGCUGCAAGAGUUUAG